AUGAAAGCUCAGGAGAUGGGAAAUUCCGGGGGCACGCCUAGCGUCAGGAAAGGGCUUCCGGCGACCUCCACGGGGCGGUCGUUUAGGCUGCGUCUGUGUCGGUUCGCUGGAUUACUGGCGCUGUACCUCCCGGUCGGGGUUGAGAAGGUGCGAGAAGAGGCGCCGUCCCCUCCGCAAGGAGGCGAGUGUGAGGCCCGGCGAUAUUGCUCACGGGCCCCCCGCCAGGGCCGGGAUCGCGCGUGCUACGCCCGGGUCGCCUGCUCUGCUCUGCGCCCGGCCCCGCUGCGCCCACGGAGUCCGAUGGUGGCGGGCGCGCCAAGAGGCCCGCCUCAGGGCUCUGUGACCUUUGAGGACGUGGCCAUUUACUUCUCCCAGGAGGAGUGGGGGCUCCUUGAUGAGACACAGCGGUUCCUAUACCAUGACGUGAUGCUGGAGAUCUUUGCACUUACAGCGUCCCUGGAUUGUUGGUGUGGAGCAAAGGAUGAGGUAGCUUCUGAGCAGAGUGUUCCUGUAGAAGAUGCCAGGACUUCCAUGGCAGGUCCAUUGACUGAGAAGACCCAUCCUUGUGAGAAGUGUGUCCCAGUCUUGAAAGACGUUUUACACCUGACUGAGCUCCAAGCAACAUAUCCUGGACAGAAACCAUACCUGGGUGGGACAUCUAGAGGCUUAUGGUACAGUGAAAACCUUCGCCAGUACCAAAAGUAUGACAGUGGAGAGAAAAUCUUCAAAGAAGACAUGGACAGGGCCUCACUUGUGACAAGCUGCAGAUUCCAUGUGUUGGGGAAGCCCUUCACUUGUGGGGAGGGUGAAAAGGACAUUUUAGCUCUGUCAGGCCUUCUGCAGCACCAGGCCACUCCCAACAGUGAGAAGCCACAUGGCAGCAUCAAGCAUAGGGAGUCCUUUAACAGUGGGAAAAGUUGUAACAAGUGGGUUGAAUACAGGGAAGUAUUUAGCAAGCCUCACACACUUCACCACCAGAGAGUCUGCACUGGAGAAGGUCUUGAUGAAUGUAGCAACUGUGGAAAAGCCUUCAGCUGCAAAUACAAACUUACUGAGCACCGGGAAGUUCACACUGGAGCAAGGCCGUAUGAGUGUGGUGAAUGUGGGAAAUUCUUUAGGUACAAAAGCUGCCUCACUCGACACAGGACAGUUCACACUGGAGAAAGGCCUUAUGAGUGUGGUGAAUGUGGGAAAUCUUUCAGUGAGAACUAUGUCCUUGUUCAACACCAAAGAAUUCAUACUGGAGAAAGGCCUUAUGAGUGUGGUGAAUGUGGGAAAUUCUUCCGCCACAAAAAGUCUCUCAUUCAACACAGGACAGUUCACACUGGAGAAAGGCCUUAUGAGUGUGGUGAAUGUGGGAAAUUCUUUAGGUACAAAACCUACCUCACUCAACACAGGAGAGUUCACACUGGAGAAAGGCCGUAUGAGUGUGGUGAAUGUGGGAAAUCCUUUACCUGCAAAAAGUCCCUCACUCAACACAGGAGAGUUCACACUGGAGAAAGGCCUUAUGAGUGUGGUGAAUGUGGGAAAUUCUUUACCCGCAAAGGCCACCUCAUAAAACACAGGAGAGGUCACACUGGAGAAAGGCCUUAUGAGUGUGUUGAAUGUGGGAAAUCUUUCACUGAUAGCUCUAUCCUUUUUCAGCACCAAAGAGUUCACACUGGAGAAAGGCCUUAUGAGUGUGGUGAAUGUGGGAAAUUCUUUAGCCGCAAAACCCACCUCACUCAACACAGGAGAGUUCACACUGGAGAAAGGCCUUAUGAGUGUGGUAAAUGUGGGAAAUCUUUCACUGACAACUCUGCCCUUGUUCAACACCAAAGAGUUCACACUGGAGAAAGGCCUUAUGAAUGUGGUGAAUGUGGGAAAUUCUUUACCCGCAAAACCUCCCUCACUCAACAUAGGAGAGUUCACACUGGAGAAAGGCCUCAUGAGUAUGGUGAAUGUGGGAAAUCUUUCACUGAGAACUCUGCCCUUGUUCAACACCAAAGAGUUCACACUGGAGAAAGGUCUUAUGAGUGUGGUGAAUGUGGGAAAAUCUUUACCCGCAAAACCUCCCUCACUCAACACAGGAGAGUUCACACUGGAGAAAGGCCUUAUGAGUGUGGUGAAUGUGGGAAAUUCUUUAUGUACAAUACCUCCCUCAAUCGACACAGGACAGUUCACACAGGAGAAAGGCCUUAUCAGUGCAAUGAAUGUGGUAAAUCCUUUAGCCGGAGCUCUGCCUUCCUUCAACACAGGAGAGCUCACUUGCAGUAAAUGUUGGAAAUCCUUCAGCUGCAAAUCUGACCUGUCAACACCAAAAAUUCACACUGGAAAAGGCCUUAGACUCUCAAAGAGAAUUUGCUCUUUCCAUUUUAAGUGUAACUGUUGGGGAAAAACCUCUGUGAGUAGCCACUUG